AUGACAGACCAAACCCAACAAACCCCAUUUGCCAGCCCUCUUCUGGCUCUUCCCCCAGAGAUUCGUUUGCGCAUUUACCGUAAUGCUUUUACUCCAACCGAAGAUGAUCAUCCAAGCCACUAUGGAUCGCUCCCCUCAGAUCUUCUUAGACCACUCCAUACAUGUCGCCAGAUCUACAAGGAAGCACAAUUUUUGGCAUUCUCAUGCGUUUCGUAUCCUCUGGAUUUCGGGGGAGACUUGAAUUUCGCGGAAUGCUGCUCCAAACUGAAGCCUGAUCUACUCCAGGCCAUCAAAUCAGUCACUAUCUGCUCCUACGUGGAUGAGAUGUGUCGAGGGGAACAUACUUGGCUGUUUGCCAUUCCUGAUUUUGAUUUCGUCAAGCUUGGGCUUCGCAACCUCGAGGAACUGGUCCUUCGGCCAACCGGGAGUUAUGAUAUGUGGAAAACAUUGAAACCUCGAGAAGAUGCUGUAGGGGGCGCGGAUUCUUUCACCGAAAUAACACUUGCAGCGUUUGCAAAGGUCCUGUUGGCUACUAUUAGGCAACAAAAGGCGUUGAAGAGGAUCAUUGUCUAUUGCAGACAAUUUGUGCUCAGGAAAGAUCUUCCGAAAUUGCAGAAGGAAUUCAGAUCAGAAUUCUAUCAGCCGUCUUUUCAGAAUUGGGAUCGUGAAGAGCCGGAGAAUGCAUUCCAGAACAACUACUCGUUGUGGGCUAGGUCCUGGAAUAUUAUUACUGUCGAGCCUGAUCGCUGGAUGCUAGUUUCUCAUCAGGGUGUUCGCGGAUUGGAGCGAUCGGUGACGUUGGACUUCAGGGUCUCAGAUGAAUGGGAGGAAUACCAUGCAAAAUAUGCGGUCAGCUCUUCUUCACCUGGGCCUGAAGGGGAGCUGGACUAUCUUGAACGGUUGUUGGGGCCGACUUUUGUGGAGGCUCUUAGGCAUUUGGCAGCGAAUAGUAUGACCGAGAAUCAAGGGGAACAGAGUGACUCGAAUGAGGACGAGGAUGGUUAUGAUCACGACGAUGCAAAUGAUAAUGACCAGGGUGGUGUUCAGCAAUGA